UUACUGUUUGGGAAAUGUAGUGAAGAAAUCAUCACAUCAUUCAUUUUCGGAGUAUUUUGUUUUGGAGCUCAUCUUUAUUUGCUGGUGAGAUGGAAAAGAUGAUCAACUCCCAGAAGUGAGUCAGACUGUCGUGAAAACUCACACACACGUCUGCUGCCAUCUGCUGGCCAAAGUGCAGUAUUUCAAAACGAACAUCAUACAAGUUUAACGUAUCUCGAGUCACCAGCAUAAGGUCAAUUUAUGACGAUGUACGACUGCUGUAUAUUACUUCUCUAUCAUUUCUACAGUUCACGCUUCUACUUUUCUUUAAACAAGAUCAGAGCAUAGCUAAUAUUUCUUUCUGAAGCAUUGGAUGUGAUUAUACAAGCUGGUCAUUGUUUACCUCAAAAGAACAGAAUUAGAGAAGUGAUCUUAAGACAGAGGAAGUGGUAUUUAGAAGAUGUUAUCUCAUGAUGUGAGGAUCCUGUGAACAUCCACUGUGAUGUAACUUCCUGUCUUGUCCGGAGAGGCUACAAUGCUGAUGAUAUCGGUCCUUUCAUGAGACACAGGUUAGAUUAUUUCAUUUCAAAAGAAAGGAAGUCUCAGUUUUGCUCCUCGAGAUGUACGUGGCAAAGCCUGUCUUGUGUUGGAUCUUCAUCCUGUGCUGCUGGCGAGGAACUGAAGAAAUCAUGCAGAUGGAGGGGGCAUAACACCAGUUCUCUGCUCUGUCCUUCCAGCAAAAGCUAAAAUCUCAAUGGAGAACAGAAUCAGAGUGGCACUGACCGGACAAACUCUUAUCUUCAACCUGUCACUGAAUGUCCCUGCAAACCGCACCUAUAAGAGUCCGGACUGCUACCAUCAGUCCAAGCGGAUCAAUUGGGAUAACGAGAAGAUUCUCCAAAGUAGUGUGAUGGAGACAGAACUCAAAAUGCACGACGUCUCCUUUUCUGGAAAUUACUUUUGCUGUUAUGAAGGUCGGACAGUACAUUGGGUGGUUCUUGUACGGGAUAAAGGUUAUGAGGAGCCAAGUGUUUCGUUAGAUAAGGGCAUCACCAUACAGAUGUGCGUCUCAGGAAUUCUACUGAUCUUCAGUGUGGCUGGGUCGCUUUACAUAUUAAAGAGCUACAAGAAACAACCUCCUAUCAAAGACAAAAAUAAUGAAGUGACGGAACAGAGACCUGAGGAUGCUGAGGAUGCAGCGAUGGAUGAAGAUGUUGCAUCCUCAUCAGUCUACACGGACCUCGAACAUAGAACAUGCUCCAUUUAUAAUAUGCUGAAUCCUGAAAACGAACAGAACUGCAAACCUCAAGAAGACGACGAAGUAUUUGAUUCCGUCUAUGAAAAUGUUUGAAAAUAUAUAUAUUUUUUUUAAUUUUUGAUGUUCAACAACUUUCUUAGUGUCAAA